AUUCCACGUUUGUUUUGUCAAUAUGUAUAAUAAUGAAAUAAGAGGGUGUAAACAUAUGAUUUUCAAGAACACUAGACCUUCCCACAAUGAAACCCGUUUCUUUUCGAGUUUUUUCACCUUUUUUUUUCUGGUUUUCUCCCCUACCAUGAGCGUCUAAUCUGCCGUUCAUAGGCUCUGAUGGGUAGUGGAAGUCAGUGAAGAAAACUCUGCAACUAUGGCUGCUCUGCAACAACAGCUCCCUAGCUUAAGUAAAUUUCUACCCAUAAUCUGUCAGGUAAUCAUUUGAUUUCCCUUCUCGUUCUCUACAAUCAAUCUCUGCAAAGUUAAAAAUAAAACUCUCCUAAUUUAAUCUUAAUUAACUAUCCUUAUUAGCCAUUUGUAAGAUUUGCAUGCCAUUUUCUACACCUGUUAGCUUCUCUAUUGAUGCCUACAUCCUAGCUAUGAUCCAUAGCUAUUGUUUAGUGAUGAAAACCUCUAUCUUUGGUUUAAUUUUUAUUUCAAUUGUCUCUGUUCCCCAAACCCUAAUUUAGACCUAUUUAAGAACUGUAAACUGAUGGUAAACACUACCCCGUUAUGCUUUUUUCUCUCUUGCAUACAAUCUGUAUCAAACCCUUUAUGCUCAUCCCCCUUUCACAUCCUUCAGUAUUAUUAUAGCCUUAGGAUAAGUCCCUGUAUCACCAUGUAUGCAGUCUGGCAUGGUGAUGUCUCACAAUUAACCAACCAGCUUCAACUCUCCUUGAACUUGAGUAGUGGAAGACAGUUUAGCUUAGAUGAAGUUAUACCACCAAGAUUUCAACACAAUGAAGAACUUUGGACAAGAUGUCUGCUUGGAAGAUUUGUUGAACCUGUUGCAAGAAAUAGUUGGCAUGUGAGAAAUGCUUUGUUAUUUCAGUGGAAGAUUCAAGGAGGUCUUUCUGUCAAAAUGGUGAAUGAAUGGGUAUAACUGGUCAGAUUUGAAAGAGAUGAAGAAAUGCAUAGAGUUCUAAAUGUAGCAACAAGAAUAGUUUAUGGUGAUCUUUUUCGCAUUAGAAAGUGAGAGAGAACUGAAGACUUAGCCACCUGGGAUCCUUCUGAAGAAAUGUUCUUCAUCACUAUACAUAACCUUACUCCAGCGCAAGUCAAUAGUGAAAAUCUCAGGAGGUACUUGGCUUGCAUGGAAGAUAUCACUUCCUUCUCUUAUCCUGUAAGAAGAGCUAAUGAGAGAUUCUCCAUUACUGUUAAAGCUAGCAUUAGAAUUAGGCAGAGUCUGACUUUUACUGUGAGGGAUGAAAAUGAAUUGGGAAAUACCAAUGAUCUCACUUUCCAAUUUCACAAUUUGCCUAACAACUUCUGUGGGUACUGUAACCUCAUUGGGCAUAAGGUGGGGAACUGUGAGAAGAUUUAUUUUGAUCAACAACAAGCUGAGGAGAAACAAGCAGCUGCUGAUGCAAUCUUGGCAGCUAUGCAGCAAAUUCGUGCUCAACAUCAGCCAUAACCUGAAAUGAUACAACAUGAACAGCAGGAGGACAUGCAACAAGACAUGCAACUCGAGGAGGAUAGUCUUGAAAGUUCUGAAUCUGUACAAGCUGCUUCUGAAGUGACAUGCACUGAUUAUCUCAAGCAACUUGAGGAGGAAAAUGCUGGCCAUGAUGACUCUGAGAUAUUUGCUCAAUGUUCUGCUGGCACUUCUCAGAGAAAUGAACUCACUGCUGCAGCUGCACCUUACUUUCCUAACAGAAACAUGUAUCCUGACACAUAUAUGUGGAGAGUAAUGCACAAGAGAGAUAAAGCUGCAGAUUCAUCCAAUUCGGGAGCUGAUUACCUACCUUCAAAUGCCACUGCUUAUCUCAGAAAUUGGAAUCUUAUGCAGUCUUACUUUCAUUGGGACAUUACACUACCAGCUGCAAAAAAGGCAAGGAUUACUGAGCUUCCUGAAAUAACCUCAACUACAAUCCAUAUCCAGUGACUGAAGCUGAGAAGGAAAUACAUGUCAUUGAGGAACAACUAAAUGUCUUGGCUUAUCCCCAUCAGUGGUACAAAGGAGAAGCUUCAAAUUCCAACAAUGAUGCCAGUGACCCUAAGGCAAAGGGUAAAGGAAUUGCAAAUGACCCCUAACGGCCCUGAACUUAAUGAAUUGCAGAAACAACUGAGGUGCUCUUUGUGUGGACGACCAUCAGGGUCUAUGACCCUCUUUCUUGUUUUUUUUUUUUUGCUUGUGUGGUCUGCUUUUUUCUUGUUUGUGUUAGCUUUACUUGCUUCUUUACUGUUGUUACUCUCUUUCCUAUAUUUCUGUAAUUUCUUGUUUAGUUUCUUGUAUUUCCUACAAUCUUGUAUAACCUAAAACCCUGUAAUUAGUAUCUAGGCUUUCUUUCUUGUACUGCCUCUGUUAUAAUAUAUUGCCUUCUCCA